GUUCUCCAUUGAAGCGUUCUCCGUUGAAUCUAAUUCUUGUUUCCCCCAUUGAAGCAGCUUCUAAGAUCCUCAGUGCAGUGGUUUAACCCUCUGAUACUUAGCCUCUAAUGCCCUGGAGAUUCUGUGGUUUAUUGCAUCAGUUUUGAGUUUUUUGUUACUGUGUGUUGACAGAAAGGGUGUUGCAAUAUGAUGGGCACAUUAUCAAUAUUACCACUUCCAGCUCCACCAGAAGAUGGGGAUCUUGGCCCAACCCCACUUGCUCAGUUGCCUCCUGACGAUGAGAUGAAAGAAGCAGAAGAUCAAAACAAAGCUAGCAAAGCGAGUUCAGUGGCAACGCAUACAAGAACCAUUGGAAUUAUCCACCCCCCACCGGAUAUUAGAAACAUUGUUGAUAAGACAUCUCAAUUCGUGGCAAAGAAUGGGCCCGAGUUUGAGAAGAGGAUUAUUGCCAGUAAUGCAGGGAAUGUGAAAUUUAAUUUUCUUAAUGCUUCGGAUCCUUACCAUGCUUAUUAUCAACACCGGUUGUCGGAGUUCAGAGCACAAAAUCAAUCUUCAGGUCAACUACCGCUUUCUCAGCCUGGUGAUUCGAUGGCCUCGGAGGCUGAGUCUGGUGUCCUUGCCGAUGGUGUGGCUGCUGCAGAUGAGAAGCCUGAUCCUUCUGCACAAUUCAGACCUGUUCGUAAGGUACUUGAGCCUCCAGAAGCUGAACAAUAUACUGUAAGGCUGCCAGAGGGGAUUACAGGGGAGGAAUUGGAUAUUAUUAAGCUUACUGCACAAUUUGUUGCUCGAAAUGGAAAAUCCUUUUUGACAGGUCUUACUAGUCGAGAGAUGAACAACCCCCAAUUCCAUUUUUUGAAGCCUACACAUAGCAUGUUUAUGUUUUUCACUGCCCUUGCUGAUGCCUAUUCUAAGGUUCUGAUGCCUCCAAAAGGCUUGACUGAAAAGCUAAGGAAGAGUAUUGCUGACCGGACAACAGUCCUUGAGCGGUGUUUGCAUAGGCUUGAAUGGGAAAAGUCGCAGGAGCAAGCUAGGCAGAAAGCUGAAGAUGAAAUUGAGCAAGAAAGAAUUCAAAUGGCUAUGAUUGAUUGGCAUGAUUUUGUUGUGGUUGAAUCAAUUGACUUUGCAGAUGAUGAAGAUGAGGCACUGCCUAUGCCAAUGACUCUUGAAGAAGUUAUAAGGAGAAGCAAGGUUUCAACGAAGGAUGGGGAUGAAGAGGAAAUUGUUGAGCCAGGAAAGGAGGUAGCGAUGGAAAUGGAUGAGGAAGAGAUGCAGCUUCUUCAAGAGGGUAUGACAGGUGCUACCCUUGAGGAAAAUGGUGAGGAAAAGAAGGAUGAGGUUAAGGCUGAUAUGGAUGAAGAUGAUCCUCCAAUGAGAAUUGUGAAGAACUGGAAGCGACCUGAAGAGAGAAUAGCUGCUGAAAGAGACCCAACAAAGUAUGUGGUUUCUCCAAUUACCGGUGAACUGAUUACCAUAAGUGAGAUGUCAGAACAUAUGAGGAUUUCUCUAAUUGAUCCAAAAUACAAGGAGCAAAAGGAGAGGAUGUUUGCCAAGAUUCGAGAGACAACCCUUGCUCAUGAUGAUGAAAUUUCCAGAAACAUUGUGGGACUUGCUCGUACUCGUCCAGAUAUAUUUGGUACUACAGAAGAAGAAGUAUCUAAUGCCGUCAAAGCUGAGAUAGAGAAGAAAAAGGAUGAGCAGCCUAAGCAAGUCAUAUGGGAUGGUCAUACAGGGAGCAUUGGUCGCACUGCAAAUCAGGCCAUGUCGCAGAGUAUGGGUGGUGAGGAUCAAAGUGAGAUCAAUUACAAUGAUGGGAGGUCUCUCCCUGGUCCAGCUGCCCCUCCUCCACCGAGACUCGGUGUUCCUAUGCUUCGUCCACUUCCUCCCCCAGCUAAUCUAUCUGUGAACAUGCCACGUGUACCAACCAGCAAUAUUCAGUAUUCUACUCCAACCUCUGGUGGGCUUAUGGCACCACCCCCACCUCGUCCUAUGUACACCUUAAGCCAAAUGGGUCCUCCUCCGCCACCUCCUAUGCAAAUGCCUCCUGGACAGCAGCAUAUGAUGAUGAAUCGCCCACCAAUGCCUCCAGCUGGGUCCAUGAACCAACCUGGCAUGCCAGUGCCUCCUGCACCUGGAUCUCAAUUUACACCGCUUGGUGUUCACCGGCCCUUUACACCUGUUCCACAACAUGGUAUGCCUGCUCCACCAAUGCCUCAAGGAAUGCCGCCUCCACCCCCACCACCAGAGGAAGCUCCUCCUCCACUUCCUGAGGAACCAGAGCCCAAGAGACAGAAGUUGGAUGACUCUGCAUUGAUUCCGGAAGAGCAGUUCCUUGCUCAACAUCCGGGACCUGUCAGGAUCAACAUAUCUGUUCCCAAUGUUGAUGAAGGGAAUCUCAAGGGACAAGUUUUGGAAAUCGUCAUGUCCCUCAAUGAAACCGUUGGUAGUCUGAAAGAAAAAGUAUCUGGGGAAAUUCAACUUCCAGCAAACAAACAGAAAUUGAGUGGGAAGGCCGGUUUUCUCAAGGAUAAUCUCAAACUUGCUUAUUACAAUAUUGGAGAUGGAGAGACCUUGACUCUUUCUUUGAGGGAGCGUGGUGGCAGGAAGAGAUGAACAAAUUACCUAGAGAACCCAACGAAAGGCCCUUGUUGGAGUACUUCCUAAGAAUUUUUCUAUAUAAUCCUGUUCGGUCCAUGAAUAUUUCUUUUGAGAUGAUAUCUUGAAUUUUUUGUGCCCAUGUAUCUUAAGUUCAGCCUUGCAACUUCUUUAUUGUUGUUACUAAUCUGAUUCUAUUUGCCUUUGCAGCUCAUCACUUCUGCUCA